CAGUGGGCGGCAGGUUCGGAUCCGCGAUCGUCCCGGAGAAACAAAGAGAGCCGCCCCGGGGGCAGGGGUUGGCGAGGGGCGGGGAGGGAGUGAGGUUACGGGAUUAGGGAGAGCCCGGGGACCAGGCACUAGCCCUCCCCUCCGAGACACACGGCUCUAUCAGUACUGAGUGAUGCCGGGCUCGCCGCUUCGGAGCCGGGACCUCGGGAAGCAGUGAACCGCGGGGACCGGGAAAAGGCGGCGGCGGGGAUUGUCCCGGGGCCCGGGAAGGAAAAGGGGACUGUUGUCCCGGGGCCCAAGGCUCGGAUCCCCGCACUCCCGGUGAAUGGGGAUCGGUAGCGAUGAGCUCCGCUGAGCAGACGGUCACUUGGCUGAUUACACUCGGGGUCCUGGAUUCCCCCAAGAAAACAGUGUCGGACCCCGAGGCUUUCCUACAGAGCUCCCUGAGGGACGGGGUGGUCUUGUGUCGCCUCCUGGAGCGUCUGGUGCCUGGAUCUAUCGACAGGAUACAUCAGGACCCCAAAUCAGAAGCAGAAUGUCUGAGCAACAUCAAAGAGUUUUUGAAAGGCUGUGGGGCGCUUCGCGUGGAGACUUUUGAUGCCAAUGACCUUUAUCAAGGACAAAACUUCAACAAGAUUCUUAGUUCACUGGUGGCUUUGAACAAAGUAACUGCAGACAUUGGUGUUGGAAGUGACUCAGUAUGUGCCCGCCACCAAUCCCAUCAUAUCAAGUCGGUUGAUUCCCUGGCUGGAUCACAUUUAUCACUUGGAAGAACUUCUAAAAACCUUCCGGGAAAGUACCGAAGUUUGGACAUGACUGAUAACAGCAACCAUCACAUGAUUGUGAAAGCAAAAUUCAACUUUUAUCAGACCAAUGAGGAUGAACUCUGCUUUACCAAGGGCGACGUUAUCCAUGUGACCAGAAUUGAGGAAGGGGGCUGGUGGGAGGGGACAUUAAAUGGCAGAAAUGGAUGGUUCCCCAGCAAUUACGUGAGGGAAAUAAAAUCUAAUGAGAAACCGGUCUCGCCAAAGUCAGCAACUCUGAAAAGUUCUCCAAAAGGAUUUGAAACUCCUCCAAUUAGCAAAAGUUACUACAAUGUGGUGCUGCAGAAUAUUCUGGAAAUAGAAUGCGAUUAUGCAGAGGAGCUAACGAUACUUCUGUCAACCUUCUUGCGACCUCUGCAAGCCAGUGAUAAGUUAAGUUCUACUGACAUGGGAUAUUUGAUGGGCAACCUGGAAGAUAUUUGUUCUUUCCAACAAAUCCUAGUUCAGUCUUUAGAAGAAUGCACCAAGUUGCCAGAGUCCCAGCAGAAGGUUGGAGGAUGUUUUGGGAACUUAAUGUCUCAAAUGAAAAGCCUUUAUCUCGCGUACUGUGCCAAUCACCCCUGGGCUGUGCAUGUCCUCACAGAGUACAGUGAGGAGUUGGGAGAAUUUAUGGAAAUGAAAGGAGCAACCAGCCCUGGGAUUCUUAUGCUAACCACCAGCCUCAGCAAACCAUUCAUGAGGCUGGACAAAUACCCAACGUUGCUUAAAGAGCUGGAGCGCCAUAUGGAGGAAUAUCACCCAGACUGGCCUGACAUUCAGAGGUCCAUGACUGCUUUCAAAAAUCUCUCAUCCCAGUGUCAGGAAGUGCGGAAGAAGAAGGAGCUGGAACUGCAGAUCUUGACAGAAACAGUUCAUGGUUGGGAAGGUGAAGAUAUUAAAUCUCUGGGAAAUGUUAUCUACAUGUCGCAGGUCACUGUGCAGUGUGGAAAUGAGGAGAAGUGCGAGAGGUAUUUCCUCUUGUUCCCUCAUGUCCUGCUUAUGCUAUCUGCCAGUCCCAGGAUGAGUGCUUUUAUUUAUCAGGGAAAGUUGCCAUUAACAGGAUUGAUUGUCACCAGGCUAGAUGAUAGCGAUACUGACAAGAACACCUUUGAAAUUACUGGAAGUAUGAUUGAACGGAUUUUGGUGACUUGUUCCACUCAUCAGGAUUUGCAGGAAUGGGUGGAGCAUCUUCAGAAACAAACGAAAACACCCAGUGUGGGAAUUCCUGUGGUCAGACAGCAGUCUGUCCCAUGCCAUACACUUCCACUACAUCCUGUGACACCCAUCAAUAAGCAUUCUGAUGGCUAUCCAAUAUCUGUGACUCCUUCAUAUCAUACCCUUCCACACCCUUCCUUACAUGGGACAUCACACAGCUCGCUGACCUGGGGACCCCUAGAACCACCCAAAAUGCCAAAACCUUGGAGUCUGAGCUGCCUUCGCCCAGCAGCCCCGCUGAAACCAUCAGCUGCUCUGUGUUAUAAGGAGGACCUCAGCAAGAGUCCUAAAACCAUGAAGAAACUGCUUCCCAAGCGGAAACCAGAAAGGAAAGCAUCUGAUGAAGAAUUUGCAUUAAGGAAAAGCACAGCAGCUCUUGAAGAGGACACACAGAUCUUAAAAGUUAUUGAAGCGUACUGCACUAGUGCCAAAACUCGCCAAACUCUGAACUCAACAUAUCGUAAAGAAUCUGCUCCCCAGGUUCUGUUACCAGAAGAAGAGAAAAUAAUUGUUGAAGAAACCAACAGCAAUGGACAAACGAUCAUCGAAGAGAAGAGCCUCGUGGACACUGUUUAUGCAUUGAAGGAUGAGGUGCUGGAGCUAAAGCAGGAAAAUAAGAAGAUGAGACGUUCCCUGGACGAGGAGCAGCGAGCUCGUAAGGAGUUAGAGAAACUGGUCAGAAAAGUUCUGAAGAAUAUGAAUGAUUUCUCUUGGGAUGAAACCAAUUUAUAGUGAACCUGUAACUUCACCUGCAGUAGGUGGGACACAAACAGCAGGCUGGAAAUGUCUGUUGCUGACAAUUAGCAAACAAGCACUUAACAUGUUCCUCUACCAUUGACUUGUUCACUAUUUUAACAAAAUCUGGUAAAUUUUAAAUAAGUCCACCAUCCAUAAAACAGCAGACUGGGGAUUGCCAUACACAAGUGUUAUGCUUGUGAGUAUUACAAGCUGUAAUCUCCAUGCUGUGCUAGGCUGUAGGUUACCUAGAGGGUGGCUGUGGAAUCUAGCCCAACUGAUUUGCUCCUUGCCCGAUUUUUCUGUCCUUGGAUGUCCUGAAAGUCUGGUGUGCCGUCUUUUGCAGCAGAAUCACUAAUCGGAAACAACACGGCACUGGAAAUGUGGCACUUCCUAAAAUAACUUCAUCUACAAUUGUAACCAAUAGGAAAAUGAUUAUCAGGGGAUUUUGACUUGUCUUUCGAUUAAUGUCAGCGAUUUGAGGUCAGAGUUGGAUGAGAGAGGACCAGCUUUUGCACUGGACAUUGCAUUUCGGGUCUGCAAACAGAAUUGUAUGGACUCUGGGCAAUUUCAGUGGCUAGUUUUUGUUUUAACCUUUCGGUCUUCUAACAAAUUCAGUUUGGUGAAAUGUUCAGAGUUUGGAAAUUCCUUCUAUGACUGAGGCUCAAUGAAAGCAAUAUCUGUAAACCUGUGUUGUGAACAAUGUAUUAUGCAUGUGAAGCUCAGUGCAUUCUUGUGUUGAGGUGGGAAAGUUGUAGGCUAAGCCUUUUUGUUAACAGGUUUAAUCACAGUGCAGCCUGGACUCUGAAUCUGGUGCAUCAUGGUAAUGCUUUGAAAGUCUCUGCUCUCACCAGAAGCCUCUCUGGAAGAAACCAGAAACCAAGGAAGAAGCAUUGAAAGAGCACUCCUAGCUGUAAUAUUUUGGAUGAUUCAGGCAGACUCCCCUGUUCUAAUUCCCUCCAGCAAGACUUCAUAUUGGGAGCUCUACUGAUCUUGAACAAUCGACAUAAGAUUGUAGUAAAGGAUGAAAGGGCAUUCAAAAAGCUGGGAGCUCAAGCUGUGUUAGACUUCUGACUCAUGUGGCUCUGUCUCGUACAAUAUUUAAAAACUUUUUUUUUGCUAUGUAGCAUUUUCCUGAUGAUUUAAUUCUCCUGAACCAGUAAGAAUGAUGGUUAGUAUUAUUCUCCAACCCAGCAAUGCUCAUCCAUUGGAGCAACUGAUGGGACUAGUUGAGAGAUUUCCACCCACAUGCACAUUGCUCACUGUAGAAGCACAAACAAGCUGUUCUGUUUAAAACCUUGCCUCUUUAAUGAAGACUGUUACUGUGGGACAAGAAAAUAAGUUUGCAGCAUUAAAUUUUUCCCUUUCUAACAACUGGGAAUUUUCACUUUCACUUUGGACAGAUUAUUGUGAAAUGCACAAGUCCUAUUUCUCCCGGUACAUGAGGUUGCAUAGUGAUGGCCUGAUUUAUAAAAUGUACUGAUGUAAUUUUCAAAUUGCGCGUAAAUAUUUUCAAUGAUUAAACCAGUACUUACCAAAUCUAACUCUGACAUGUUGCAAAUGUGAUUAGUAACUACUGCAAUUUUCUUUUCAAAUUGCCGGAACUUUAGUUAUCAGUCUAACUUACCUUGCUCUAGAUUAUUAUGCAGUAUAUCAGGAAAAAUUGGAAGAACAAAGUUUAUUUUAUAUUUUUUGUUCAGGAUGUUUGUAAAGAGUUAUGGUAUCUUCACAGCUAACAGGUUAGUUCACAUCUGUCAGUUGUUCCUCACCGUCUCUCUCUCACAUGCUACAGAAAAUGUGGGGUUAUGGCCUCCUGCACACUUAAAGCUGACCUCAGGAAAUCACGCACAUUGUGGUUGUGGCUGACUCAAUCUAAUUCUGAAUUAAAGUGUAGAAAAUCAGGAGAAUGCCCCUGUGUUCCAAGACUGGAGCGCACAACCCCAUUGGUAUGGUCAUGCAUUUGGACCAACCACUGGUCUUGAAAAUUCUUGACCAUGGAUAAAGGGGUUCUUGAAAACGCCAGAGGUUUUCAACUUUGACAGAACUAACUGGUACAGCAGACUGGUGAAAAGUCACAGUAUGAAUCACCAAAUGUGUCAAGAUGUAUGUUGAUAUUUUCCAGGAUUGCAAUAUAACUGUUGGGACUCUGAGCUGCAUGUUGCAUGCAAGGAACAGCAGUUGCCUGGCUGUUUGGUUUAUUGUGCAUUGGUAUUGGGUCUGAAUGUUGGUGGAUGGGAGAGGUUUCAUUGCUUCUAACUAAACCUAAUCCUGUGUGAGACUAUUAAUUUGAGGAUCUGGUGAUGUAUCAGACAGGGGAUACAGAACUAACAGCUCUUUCAGUUUCUAAACAGGACAUUGACUUUUUUUUAUAAAACAAACUUUAUGCACCAUUGCUGAUCUGUUCUUGUUUUAUAGGUUGAAGGGAUAUUGUAGGCUGUGAAACCUCCUAGGCUUGGUUGACUAAAGCUGUCAUCUUCACUCCUGUGCAGUCUUGUAGUUAAUGGUGAUGGGUGUUGGAUCUAUUUUUGAUUAAUUGUGAUAUUCAUGAAUAUUUAUUUUAUCAGCUUGGAAAGUGUGCUGCUCUAAUUAAGCUGCCAGUCCUGAUUCUCCUGUACCAUCUCCCUGUGUCAUUCAGCUGUAAUUAUAGGGACUGAAAUAUCUUUGGCGAUCAUUGAGCAGGUCCUUUUAAUGGCUGAUGAUCUGAUAUGUUUGUUUUUAACCCUAAGCGGUUAAUUAGAAUAUCCCAGCAAUGUGUUUUAACAUUUCCCCAUCUGUGAAAGAUAUAGCAUAGAGGGAACAAUCUUGCUUAGAUACUUCAAGAUUUCUGUGGCUGACUGGUAUUUGUGAUUUAGGAUUUCCUUUGUAAAUAGAUUUAAUAAAAUGAUUAACUGAAACCAGAA